AUGUCUCUUUGGCUUUUCUUUGUUCAAACGGUUCUUCUCAUUCAAUGUGCAUUGGGAGGUCUUCCAAAUGCCAAGGACUAUUUAGUGGCCCCCGAUUUGUUGCCUGGGUUAAAUGACGUUAAAGAUAAGGAACUUAUCCCGGAAAUGCAUGCAGGUCAUAUUCCCUUAGAUGAUGGUGAUGAUGAUGAUGAUGAUGAUGAGAAAAACUAUUUCUUUUGGAAGUUCCAUGACCUCGCAAAUCAGACGUCUGUCGUCGCAUCCAAAACUUUAAUUAUAUGGUUAAAUGGUGGGCCUGGAUGCUCAUCUUUAGAUGGGGCUCUUAUGGAAUCAGGUGCGUUACGGAUCGAUGACGACGGCGAAGCCUAUUUAAAUCCGGGUUCUUGGCACACUAGAGGUGAUAUUGUGUUUGUGGAUCAACCUGCUGGUACUGGCUUUUCCACGGUAGGUGAUUCGAAAUAUGAUAAAGAUUUGAACCAAGUUUCAAAGCAUUUCAUGAAGUUUUUAAAGAACUACUUCAAGAUUUUCCCUGAUGAUUUGGAUAAAGACCUUGUUUUGGCAGGAGAAUCGUAUGCUGGUCAGUAUAUUCCAUUCUUUGCUAAUGAAAUCCUAAAGUUCAACUCGAAAUUGGACAAAGACGACAAUGAGGAGGAAAGCCGAAGUGGUAAGAAGUACAAUUUAAAGAGUCUGUUGAUUGGAAAUGGUUGGAUUGAUCCUGAUCAACAAUCCUUAUCUUACAUUCCUUUUGCUUUGGAGAAUAACUUAAUUUCAACGAAGGCUGAUUACUUCCCUGAUUUAUUAAAUAUGCAUAGUCGUUGUCAAAAUUUAGUCAAUAAUAAUGGAGGUAAAAAGUUCUCCUUUGAUGAAUGUGAAGAUAUUUUGACCAAAAUCCUUUAUUACACCCGCAGAAAGACAGAUGAAAAUGGGAAUAAAGUUCCUUCAAAUCAGGAGUGUACGAACAUAUAUGAUUUUAGAUUAUUCGAUUCCUACCCAGCUUGUGGAAGCAACUGGCCAGAUGAUUUACCUAGCGUUUCUAAAUUCUUGGGUAAGCCAGGUGUGAUGGAUUCGUUACAUUUGGAUGUUGAUAAAGUCCCACAUUGGAGAGAAUGUGACAGUAAGGUGAGCAGUCAUUUGAAGAACAAGAACACCCAGCCUUCGAUUCAUUUGUUACCCAAUCUAUUGAAACACAUGCAAAUUUUCUUGUUCAAUGGUGAUAAGGAUAUCAUUUGCAACUCAAGGGGUGUGCAGGAUUUGAUUAAAAAUAUGAAAUGGAACAAUCAUACCGGAUUUACUAAUGAUGCCGAAUACUAUGACUGGCAAUACUACGACCAGUUUACAGAUGACACAAUUUCUGCAGGUUUUGUGAAGCACGAAAGUAAUUUGACGUAUGUUUCCGUGUACAACGCAUCGCAUAUGGUCCCUUACGAUAAUGCUUUAAUCAGCAGAGGUAUUAUGGACAUCUAUUUGAAAGAUGUAGAGUUAGUAGUCGGAAAAGACAAUCAAGAUGAUGUUAUUAUCUCAAAAGACUUCGUUGUACACUCGGACCACUCAACAGGAGAAGAGGAAUUGUCAGCUGAUCAAAAACAAGAUGAAGAUGAGAACUCGCACAAGGAUAGACACCGGAACUCUGAUAAAUUCGAAAUCGCUGUCAUACUUCUGGUCGUUUUCUCAAUUACCGGUACCAUUGCAUAUUAUUUCUUGCGUGAACGUUUCAGAAAGCAAAUACAUGCUAUUCUAAUAGAUCCGGAAAAUAGGCCACCUUCAUCAAACAAAUCCGUUGCAUGGGCAGAUGACAUAGAAAACCAGGGCGAUGAUUUUAAGUUAUCCAUUGACGAGGCACCCUCUACUGCGGACAAACCAGCAAAAAACAAAUCUGGUUAUACAAAGGUGCCUAACACUGAUGACGAUUCAUUCGAACUUGAUAACCUAUAA